UCCCUCUUUCCUGGAAGUUAUCUUCACCACAUGGAACCAGGAAAUGAUACCCAAACUUCUGCAUUUUUUCUUCUGGGAUUUUCAGAGGAAUCAGAACUGCAUCCCCUCAUAUUUGGACUUUUCCUCUCCAUGUACCUGGUCACUGUGUAUGGAAACAUGCUCACCAUCUUGGCGAUCAGUACAGACUCCCACCUGCACACACCCAUGUACUUCUUCCUCUCCAACCUGUCCUUUGUGGACAUCUGUUUCACUUCCACCACCAUCCCCAAGAUGCUGUGGAUCAUCCAGACACAGAACAAAGCUGUAACCUAUGAAGGCUGCAUCAUCCAGAUUUAUUUUAUUAUACUCUUUGCAGUGUUGGAUGUCUUCCUCCUGACCAUAAUGGCCUAUGACCGGUAUGUGGCCAUCUGCCAUCCCCUGCACUACAUGAACAUCAUGAACCCUCAGCUCUGUGGACUGCUGGUCCUGGUGUCCUGGAUCAUUAGUGUCCUGAAUUCCUUGUUACAUAUCUUAAUGAUGUUACGUCUUUCUUUUUGUACAAACUUGGAAAUCCCACACUUCUUUUGUGAGCUCAAUGAGAUGAUCCAACUUGCCUGCUCAGACACCUUUCUUAAUAACCUGGUGAUGUACUUUGCAGCUGUCCUGCUGGGUGGUGGUCCCUUUGCUGGGAUCCUUUACUCUUACUCUAAGAUAAUCUCUUCCAUAUGUGAAAUCUCAUCAGCUCAGGGCAAGUAUAAAGCAUUUUCCACCUGUGUAUCUCACCUCUCUGUUGUGUCCCUAUUUUAUUGUACGAUGCUAGGGGUGUACCUUAGCUCUGCUGCUACCCAGAGCUCACACUCAAGUGCAGCAUCCUCAGUGAUGUAUACUCUGGUUACGCCCAUGCUGAACCCCUUCAUCUACACUCUGAGGAACAAAGACAUAAAAAUGGCUCUGAGAAGAUUAAUUGGGAUGUCUUUUAUGUAA